AUGGGCAAAGGCGCCCUGACGGCCGGCGCGGGCGACUGCAGCGCUUUCCCCGCGUCGUUAAUUCGCUCCUCCGGCGGUGAGCGGGACCCGCGCGUCCUCCCGGGAAGGGGUCCAGGUGCGAGCCGCGCCGGGCCGGGCCCAGGGCUCGCCCUCUCCGCGGGGGUCACCUGGAGCACGGAGCAGCCAAUCAGCGGCGCCGCCGGGUCUCCGCAGCCAAUGGGAAGGCGGCGCGAUGCGCUCCGGGGCUAUAAGUACGCGUGGGUGGCGGAGCAUAGGCAUUUUGAGACUUAUCUUUUGGGCUGUGAGCGUACCUCGGGCGCCUUACCAAGCCCUUCCCAGGCCACCAGGCAGCCACAGAAGCGAUCUCGAGCCGCCUUCUCCCACACUCAGGUCAUCGAGCUAGAGAGGAAGUUCAGCCAUCAGAAGUACCUGUCAGCCCCUGAAAGGGCUCACCUGGCCAAGAACCUCAAGCUCACCGAGACCCAAGUGAAAAUAUGGUUCCAGAACAGACGCUAUAAGACGAAGCGAAAGCAGCUCUCUGCCGACCUGGGAGAUCUAGAGAAGCCUUCCUCCAUGCCAGCCCUCAAAGAAGAGGGCUUCUCUCGGGCCUCCCUGGUCUCUGUGUACAACACCUACCCCUACUACCCCUACCUGUACUGUCUGGGCAGCUGGAGCCCUACUUUCUGGUAA